GGUUUUGGCGCCACUGACGCGCGGGGCAGCCUGGGAUCGCGGGCCGCUUAGGGAUUUAAACGGGAGAAAACCCGGCGUAAAUCGGGCGAAAUUUCGACGUAGGUCUGGUAGGAGGGCGGGCAACGAGCUUAGCCGUGUCGGAGCGAUGCCGAACGGCGAGGAGCAGCGGCAAGCGAGUGACUGCUUUGACAGAUUGUGUCAGGACCUAAACUUGGACCGGGAGACGGCCGCCGAGGCUUGGGGCAGUUUCCAGCGGAUCGGAAGCACCUACACCCUGGAGGGGGAAACUCUACAUUGGCUGGCUUGUGCCUUAUAUGUGGCCUGUCGAAAAAGCAUCACCCCAACAGUUGGCAAGGGAAUGAUGGAAGGAAAUGGUGUUUCAUUGACAAGAAUUCUUCGCUCAUCAAAGUUAAGCCUAAUUGAAUUCUUCAGCAAGAUGAAGAAAUGGGCAGAUAUGGCCAACUUAUCCCAAGACUUCCGAAAGCGAGUAGAACAAUUAGAAAGGAAUUUUGAAGUAUCCACUGUUAUCUUCAGAAAGUUUCAACCUAUAUUUUUGGACAUGUUUCAAAAUCGUCACCAGGAUCAGCCUCGGUUUCAGAGAAGCCGAAAGCAGAGGCGUCUUCCAUGCAGUGUAUCAGAUGCUUUCAGUUUUUGCUGGACCUUAUUUGUUUACAUUAAAGGUAAUUUUAGUAUGAUUGGUGAUGACCUUGUAAAUUCCUACCACCUUUUGCUGUGUUGCCUGGAUCUGAUCUUUGGAAAUGCUUUAUUGUGCCCUAACAGAAAAGAUCUACUUAACCCAGAGUUUGAAGGUUUGCCACCAGAGUUUGGCAGCCAGGACUAUAAACCCCCAGUGCAACCACCAUGUAUCAUUGAGAAGCUAUGUGACCUGCAUGAUGGGCUCAUAGUAGAAGCAAAGGGUAUCAAAGAGCACUACUGGAAACCUUACAUUAAGAAGUUGUUUGAAAGGAAGAUUCUGAAAGGAAACAGCGAGCUCUUUGUAGAUCUUCUGGACAUUACCAACUUCACAGACAACAACAAGGCAGUGAACAAGGAAUAUGAAGAAUAUGUUCUGACAGUGGGUGAUUUUGAUGAACGAAUAUUUCUGGGAGAAGAUGCGGAUGAGGAGAUAGGGACACCUCAUAAAGCUGCAGCAGAUGUUCCAGUUGGCAAAUUGUCUGCAAGAAUGCAAGUUGAGUGCAACCUGCAACAGCACUUUGAAAAAACAAGAUCUUUGACGCCUUCAACACCAUUGACGGGAAGACGUUACUUGAAAGAGAAAGAGCCUGUAGUGACACCAGUGUCCUCAGCAACGCAGAGUGUCAGCCGUUUACAAACCAUGGUAAUGGGACUCAAGAAUACUCCUAGUGAACAUCUGCUACAAAUAUUCAACUCUUGUUCACGGAACCCAAUUGAAGCAAUAUCAGCCCGAGUGAAGGAGAUCGGUGACAUCUUCUGCCAACAUUACUCUCAAUCUACGGAAAACCAGGCUGGUUCUCAUAUAGAUUUUGCCAUCAAACGGUUACGGCUUGCUGAAAUCUUGUACUGGAAGAUUCUGGAGACAGUGAUGGUGCAGGAAAGUCGACGCAACCCUGGGAAAGACAUGACAGUUUUACUGGAGCAAGAUAUUUUCCAUUCGUCGCUGAUGGCAUGCUGUCUUGAGAUCAUCCUGUCCUCCUACAAUUCCCAGCGCACCUUUCCAUGGAUUAUUGACAUCCUGAACCUUAGCCCUUUUUACUUCUACAAGGUGAUAGAAGUGUUGAUUCGGGCAGAAGAGGGUCUCUCCCGUGAUAUGGUGAAACACCUUAACAACAUCGAAGAGCAGAUUUUGGAAAGUCGAGCUUGGGUCCACGAUUCAGCCCUUUGGAAGGCUUUGCAUGGAGCACACAGCCAGGUUCCGACAUGUGAAGAGGUGACCUUCCCGUCCAAUUUUGAAAGUGCUAAUAGUGGUCCCACCCACCUCCCACUGAUGCCUAUGUCUCCCAUAAUGCAUCCGCGGGUGAAGGAGGUCCGCACAGAUAUGGCUGGGAAUUUUAACAAACGUGAUCUUCCUCCUCCAGCAUCACCACUGUCCGUCCAUGAUCGAUUCACCUCGCCUUCUGCAGGAAGUGCCAAACGGAGACUUUUUGGUGAUGAUAGUUCAUCGGAUGCUCAUGUGACUAUAGCACAGAAUAAGGUCAAUGUCACCCAGUCAUCUGGACUGAGGAUUCUUCAAACACAAAGUAUGAACAAUGAAAACAUUGCUCUUGCUCCUGGGCAGACUGUUUUAACCAUGGCAACUGCUACUGUAACCGCGACCAAUGGUCAAAUGCUGACUAUACCUGUGCAAGGUGUUGCUAAUGAGAUUGGAGGGAUCACCUUCAUCCCCGUCCAGAUGACUGUACCCCAGCAAACGCAGGUUGCAGAAGAACCGGCCCAAGUGCCUCUCUCUGCCCAGGCGUUACUCAGCUCUUCCCCCAAGGCGGGGGGAAUUGCAUUAGCACAAGAGCCUCAGGUAGCAACAAUCAGCAAGCCAAAGAAGACAGGUUCACUGGCAUUAUUUUUCAGAAAGGUGUAUCACCUGGCCAGCGUCCGCCUGCGUGACCUGUGUCUGAAGCUGGAUGUGUCACCAGAGCUUCGCAGGAAGAUCUGGACUUGCUUUGAGUUUUCUUUGGUCAAUUGCACAGAUUUAAUGACUGACCGACACCUUGAUCAACUUCUCCUAUGUGCUGUCUACAUAAUGGCAAAGGUUACUAAGGAAGAUAGGUCUUUCACGGAUAUCAUGAAGUGUUACAGAAGCCAACCGCAAGCCAGCAGCCAUGUGUACAGGAGUGUUCUGCUGAAAGGGAAAGGCUUGUCAAGGAGUAUGAGUAUUAAUGAACAUUCAGAGGGAGAGGUCGACAUGGAAACCCGUGGGCCACGAAGUUAUCAAUCAUCCCUGCUGUGGACACUUUCUGGAGGUCUAAGAUCCGUAUGCUCCACGACCACUGGAAUAAUAUCCAACUGUGAUCCCAGCACAAAUAAUAAUGGCGGUUUUGAGAUGAGAAGCCCUCCAGUGACUCCUGCCAGCAUAUCCAAGUGUCCAGACCCUAUGGAGGAAGAGCGUGGUGAUCUCAUUAAGUUCUAUAACACUAUCUAUGUGAAUAGAAUUAAAGAGUUUGCAUUGAAGUACUCCAGUGUAAAACUGGAGUGUGGGGUGGAAGCACCACCACUCUCUCCUUUUCCAAAUAUGAAACCACAUCCCGUGUCUCCCCGACGGAUAUCACAACAACAUGCAGUGUAUAUCUCCCCCCACAAGAACGGCACUUCUCUCACUCCACGUACUGCAAUGAUGUACAGAUUUAACAGGAGCCCCUCAAAGAACCUUAGGGACAUAAACUGCAUGAUCAAGCAAGGGGAACGACUGAGCAGGAAGCGAGCCUUCAUAAUGGAAAGUGACAGUGAAUCACCAACAAAAUGCCUCUGCCAAGAAAACGACGACAUUUUGUUGAAACGGCUGCAGGAUGUUGUCAGCGAGCGGGCAAACCGCUGAGAAUGUAAAGCGUCUAUGUAGAAUUUAUUAGGUAGAGUUGCUAGAAUCAGGUUUGUUUGGAAAGAACCUAGACUCCCUCCCACAUUCAACCAUUACCAGAACCCUGGUUCCUGUUCUUCGGGUACAGAUUCUGUAUGUGCAGAGUCGCCAGGAAUAAACAAAUCUCUCCUGAUCAAUCAACAAACAUCGCACUUCAAACAGCUCAGCAUGUGUCUGGGAAGAAGUGGCAGUCAAUAUUUCAUCUUGGUGUCAUUUACUCCAUCACCUACUGGCUUGUUUCAACCUUGUAUACUGUUAAAUAACAGCUUCAGUCAGCAAGCAAGUCUUUGCUGGGCUUAGAUCCACUUGUGUGUUCUCUGACUAGGUUGGAUUUAGGUUGUUGGGUAAGUACAAAGACGAUCCACAGAAUUUUUUAUGAUGUGUGUAUUUUAUUGAAAGCAUACAGAGGGGUUUAGAGUUUGGAAUCAAAGGAUAUAAUAGCCAUACUGGGAGAUUAACAGUACUCAGUAAAUCACUAACAUUAUACCGACACCUGGUGCAGUGAAAGCACUUUACAAACCAGAUCCCAAAGAAUAACCACAUAGUCCCCCAAUUCUUGGAUUCUGCAGAUGAAUGGUUCCCAUUUCUUAAAUAAACACAGAUGCACAGGUCACUCUUACGUGCCUUGGAGCACUGAAUUGGAAGUCUGGUGGAAUUUAAUUGGAGAGAGAAUCAGUGCUGCAGAAUGGAGAUGGAUGUUCUCUGAUCUGUCACUUUUCCUGUAGCAUCAACACUGGAACACACUGCAUCAGGGGGACAUUUUCUCAUUUCCCAGCCCAUCCUGUGAGCCCAGUGUCAGUAUUGUGUCACUCUGACAUUAGCUAUAAAGUGCCUUAUUGUCUUUCCUUCACUGUUUUUAAGGGGGAAAGCAAGAAUAAUGUGCAACUUGCACUUGGUCUUCACUAUAUGGAGACUUCAGCGGGUCCAUCAGCUUUCUAGCAAUGAGUUUGUCUGCUUUGAGGACAGAACUUUACUGAAAGUCUUACCUUGCUGCAAUAUAAUGCCAGGCUCUCAGCCAUGAAGAGAGUGCACUUUCCCUUUACUUACAACAUUGUGAAAUGUUGAUGUGUAGCUUGCAGAAGUGUAGUGUGUUAACGUGGUGUAACCAUGGUUCUCCAUCCCGAGGGCCUGUGCAUGUGUUGUCCCAAAGUGUCAUAGACACUGCCUAUCUGUAGUAUGUGAUGGUGACUCAGUGAGUUAGGCCAGGAAUUGGUGCUUGAAUGCAAACUAGGCUGAUGGGAAGUGUGACGACUUCCAUUUAAUAAUCAUACGAUCAGGGACAGUUUGAGCAUUGAGACAACAGUUUGGAUUCCAAGUGCUAUCUUUUGUGUUUAUGGAUCCUCUAGCCCAGUGCCGCACUUCCGAGUUGAUCCAUUUAUAGUUGUGUGCCCAUUUAGACUUUGCUGUGGUAAAGCUCAGGCAGUGAGCCAGCUAGUGAUCCAAUCUCUGGUAGAGCCUCACAUCCACAUUCAGGACACAGUCUGUGGCAUAGGCUGCUCCAGAUUCUUCACCUCUCUGUCACCACAGGUUGGGGAGUAGCACCACACCACAAUGUUGAUACAGUUUAGGGAGUGCUUUGCUUUACUUUGGGGCCCAAGGCAAACAUGAUCUGGAAUGCUUGAGGCUGAUUUUAUCACAAAAAUGCAUUAAAUAGAUGAACUAACAGUAUCAGAUUCGGGUUUAAUAUCACCGGCAUAUGUCAUGAAAUUUGUAUAGGAAUCUUUUCUGUAACUUUCUGGGUCACUGGUGCAUCGGAUAGUGCUGCUGCCUUGUGGCUUCAGCAACCUGGAACUAACCCUGAACUCCAUUACUUCUGCGUGGAGUUUGCAGAGAAUGUGGUUCUCUGCUGAAGCUCUGGUUUCCUCCCAUGAUCUGAAGUGUAGCUGGAUGCCAGGAGAAUUGGGGGUUGACAUAUCGGAAACUAGGUAAGGGAAUGGGAAUGCUCUGCAUGCUGAAAUAUAAUCAAAGGCCCAAAUGGUCGUCUUCCAUGUUGUCAGGAAAUGAGAUACUUCCCCUGUAGGGAAGUCAGGUUCUACCAGUGCUAAUCUCUGUGGACAACAGAAACAAGAGAAAAUAUAUGGACUUCAGUUCCUAUUGAUCUCAAGAUUAAUCACACCUGCCCCGUGCAUAGGGAAGUCUCACUGACAUCCCAGUAUUCCAUUUCAGAUACUCUGAUUCAAUCUGUAUUUGUCUAAUGUAAAUGUUACAGCCUUCUACUGGUGGUCUAACCUGCAGCAAAAGUACCAGAUCUCAGAAGGUUCACACAAGCUUUAAAUUUACUCCUGCAUAGUCUGCAAUAUGGUGUGUUUGUUUUAACUAUUGUGUAGCAUCUACACACAAUUCCCUUUACAUUAAUUUCCUGUUUUGAAGAAUAGAAUGUAUAUUUGUAUAGUUUAGAUUACUCUAUGAGUUAAUAUUUGUACUUUAACGCUUUAUAUAUGGAAUUGAGAGACGAUUUCUGCUUUUGAAUGAGAAUGAAAAUGUUAAGAAAAUUAUCAGUUUAAAUUUUUACCUCUGGAAUUUUGUUCCUUUUGGGAUUUUUGUUCCUCUCUCAGAUGUUGACAGCGAGUCUGCUAUUUCCAGCUUUAUCUCAGGCCAGAGGGUUUGGAGAACCAGGUUUGUCCCUCAUAUUCUGCCUCCCUGGUUGAGUAAAAGUUUCACUCUAAGCCUCAGCUUUGAGCAUUGGGUCCUGAGCAUUACUAUCCAAUAGUGGUGCUCUUGUAUCAGUUAUACUUUGGCCCAUUGAAGGGAAUGAUUUUCCUAGAUUAGUUCAGUACCAUAAUGUAAAUAUCUUAUGGCUAAUGUUCUGCAGGGGUUUCCAGACUGCAUUAACUACAACAGAAUGGCCAGAGGAACAGUUGAGUACUGUUUACUCUAUUCUCACAUGGGAAUGCAGUUCCCAAUAAAAUUGUCUCUGAUGCAGUUGAGAACUGUUCCAUACAUGGCAUUGAUCAGUGACACUAUAGUCGGAUUAAGUAUUGCCACGAAGUUUAGAGCUGCCAGGAUGUAAUGACCAGAGGAAUAUUGCUUUAUCCUUGCCAAUGUAUCAUGUGUGGAAGAAGUCUCUGCUCCUGGACCCAUCAGGAAUCAGCAGUUGUCGGUGCUCUACUAGAUUCCUACAGGAAUUGUCCAACAGUGAACCCAAAUUGCACACUUUAAUACUUGCUCACCUUGUGAUAACUUUCCAUUUUGGUUAAUGAGUUUUGUUUUUACCCAUAUGAGAAUAGUAAUACUGUUUAUCUUAAAUAUCUUUUACUUUUGAGGAAUGGUUUUUAAAUAAAGUAUUUACCUGC